AUGGCUUCAUCAAUAUUUUGCUUGUUUUUCAUCCUUAUUUUUCUACAAGUGAAUUCAUGGCCACUGCUUAGGAAUCAUGGUUCUUUCGACGGCUAUAAUGCCAGUAAAAACAAGCUAGAAUCUUUGUUCGGAAUCCAUGAUUUCAAGAUUCAGAAUAAUCACUUCCCUGACAGACCUAUGCACCCUCUGGACCCUCUAACCAUCCAAGAAAUUGAGACAACACGGUCCAUACUCUCGAGUUAUCAACCAUUUUUGGGCUCUUCUUUAAGAAUCCAUUCAUUAUCCUUAGACGAGCCCGACAAGUCCGAGGUUUUGAGAUGGAAAAGAGGCAAUCCUCUUCCAACAAGAAAAGCGUUUGUUGUUGUACUCUUGAAUGGCCAAGCCCAUUUACUUGUUGUGGAUUUGGGCUCGGGCAAAGUGUCUAGUCACACAAGGAACCCUGCCUCGGGUUACCCUUCCUUGUCGGCCGACGACGCCUCGACUGCCUUAGAGGCCACAUUCUCUAAUUUGGUAUUCAGAAAGGCGAUUUCGGCCCGAGGGGUCGAAAUCGAUGACGUGAUUUGUAGCGCGGCCGCGCCGGGAUGGUUCGGGCCUGAAGAGGAAGGAAGGCGGAUCACAAAAAUUAAAUGUUACACGGCCCAAAACACGCCCAAUUACUAUUUGAGGCCCAUUGAGGGCCUUCUGUUAACAGUUGAUCUUGAUAGUGGAGAAGUGAUUAACAUUUAUGACACCCAUUCGGAGAUACCGAUCCCAAAAGCUGAAGGCACGGAUUACCGACGGGACGGAGUAGAAUACCGGGCUCCCGGAGUGGAGCCAUUGAAGCCCAUUUCCAUGGAGCAGCCAAACGGACAAAGCUUCAAGGUUGAAGAUGGAUAUAUUGUGAAAUGGGCGAGCUGGGAAUUCCACCUGAAAGCGGACCAACGGGCCGGGAUUAUAAUUUCUCGGGCCACCGUUUUUGACCCGGAAACGGGGAAGCGGAGGAGCGUGAUGUACAAAGCAUUUGCGUCGGAGUUAUUCGUGCCGUACAUGGACGUCGACGAUGGGUGGUACUUCCGGGCGUACAUGGACGCCGGGGAAUUUGGCCUCGGAGCAACGGCCAUGGAGCUGGUGCCGCUCAAUGAUUGCCCACGGAAUUCGCACUACAUCGACGGGCUGUUCGUGGACCCCGACGGCCGGCCCGUUUUCCAGCCAAACGUCAUCUGCGUGUUCGAAAGAUACUCCGGCGAUAUAGCUUGGCGUCACAGCGGCACCCAGCUCAACGACGAUCUUAUCAGAGAAGCACGGCCGAAGAUCAGCCUGGUGGCGCGGACGACGGCCACGGUGGGAAACUACGACUACAUAUUCGACUGGGAAUUCCAAACCGACGGUUCAAUCCGAGUGACGGUAGGACUCUCCGGGAUCAUACUAGCCAAAGGAAGCCCCUACGAACACAUAAACCAGUUCGAAAUUCCAAGAUGGGACUCACCGGCGGGGUCAUUGGUGUCGGAAAACACCAUCGGAGUGGCGCAUGAUCACUUCAUCACGUUUCACCUGGACAUGGACGUAGAUGGGCCGAUCAACUCUUUCGUGAAGGUUGAUCUUGUCAAGAAUUACAACAUAGCUGGGAAAAUAGAGAGAAAAAGUUACUGGAGCCCCAAAAGAAAAGUGGCCAAAUCUGAAGAUGAUGCAAAGAUUAAGCUCCAGCUUGAUAAACCUUCUGAAUAUCAUGUCAUUAAUCCUCGUCGUAAAUCAAGAUUGGGUAAUCCAAGUGGGUAUAAGAUUGUCCCUAGUGCCACUGCAACCAGUUUACUUGAUCUCCAUGAUCCUCCCCAACUAAGAGCUGCUUUUACAAAUAAUCAGAUAUGGGUGACUCCAUACAAUCGAUCUGAACAAUGGGCAGGAGGGCUUUUUACGUAUCAAAGCCACGGAGAUGACACACUUGCAGUUUGGUCAAAUAGGAAUCGUGGGAUUGAGAAGCAAGACAUCGUAUUAUGGUACACUUUAGGAUUUCAUCACCUACCAUGUCAAGAGGAUUUUCCGGUAAUGCCCACAGUUACAUCUACCUUUCAACUAAAGCCAGUCAAUUUCUUUGAAAGAAAUCCAAUUAUUCAAGCAAACCCUAAUUUUGCUGAGGAUUUGCCCAUGUGUAGGCCAGGCAGACACUAG